AUGCGUCUUCGGUCGGCUGUUUGCCGGGCCGUCUUAGUGACUAGUAUAGUAUGGAUGCUUUUGGGUAGUUUGGUUUUACUGUAUUUAUUAGAACCGGGUUCAUCCUCCGUUAGCUCAGACGCGAACAGAAUUGUUAGACCCGAACGAUAUGAUGCCAAACAGAGCUUCGACAAGCCAGAUGAUGCUCCAAAAGCAUUGAAGCUUCAAGAUGAUGAUAUUGAUCCUGCUGUUAAAAAAGAGUUGAUAAUGCUUAUGAGCGUUGGCGCUUUCGGGGAACCUAAUCAUGGAGAGAACGGUGCAGCUGUUUCUGUCGAUAACAAUAAUAACCGAUUCAACGAAAAUCAGUUUAAUGUGGUUGCCAGUGAAAUGAUCUCUGUUAAUAGAAGUUUGCCUGAUUAUCGCUCAUCACAAUGUCAACAACUCUCGGAAACAUACGAGACAGAAAACUAUCCGAAAACUUCCAUUAUCAUAGUUUUCCACAAUGAAGCAUGGACAACUCUGUUGAGAACGUUACACUCAAUAGUGAAUAGGUCUCCUUUACAUUUAUUAGAAGAGAUUAUCAUGGUGGAUGAUCUUUCUGAUCGAGACUACCUCAGAGCUCCUUUGGAAGCAUACUGUAAGAGAUUCCCCGUUCCUGUCAAAAUUGUUCACUUGCCUGAAAGAAGUGGUCUUAUCAGAGCGAGAUUGACUGGUAGUGGACUAGCAAAAGGAAAAAUUCUCCUUUUCUUGGAUGCCCACGUUGAGGUAACUCAAGGAUGGCUUGAGCCAUUGGUUGACAGAGUAGCUUCUGAUAGAAAAAGAGUUGUUGCCCCUCUUAUCGAUGUCAUAUCAGACGACACGUUCGAAUAUGUGACUGCUUCUGAUACAACCUGGGGAGGCUUCAAUUGGCAUUUGAAUUUCCGAUGGUACCAAGUGCCAAAGAGAGAGUUGGCUCGUAGAAAUGGUGAUAGAGCAUCUCCUAUCCAAACUCCUACUAUAGCUGGUGGAUUAUUUGCCAUCGAUAAGCAGUUCUUCUAUGAUAUAGGAUCUUACGAUGAGGGCAUGGAAGUCUGGGGAGGAGAGAACUUGGAAAUUUCUUUCAGAGUUUGGAUGUGUGGAGGAUCGCUAGAAAUUCAUCCAUGCUCAAGAGUAGGACAUGUCUUCCGUAAGAAAACACCUUAUACUUUCCCUGGUGGAACAGCCAAGGUCAUUCAUCAUAAUGCUGCACGUACUGCCGAAGUUUGGAUGGAUGACUACAAGCAGUUCUUCUAUAAAAUGGUUCCGGGUGCAAAGACUGUUGACAUGGGAGACAUUACCAAGAGAGUUGAGUUGAGGAAGAAUUUGCAAUGCAAGAGCUUCAAAUGGUAUUUGGAGACCAUUUAUCCAGAAGCACCUGUUCCUUCCGAGUUCCGUUCUCUUGGUUACAUUCAGAUGGAUGCAACUGAACUCUGUGUAGACACUAUGGGUAAGAAGGAAGGAGGAAACCCAGGAAUCACUACUUGUCACGGCGCUGGUGGAAACCAGAAAUACACUGCACCUCGUUUAGCUGCAGAACAGGCUUGGGCUCUUACUGGUAAAGGAGAAAUCCGUAGUGACGAUCUUUGUCUCUCGUCUGGCCUUCCAUUCGCCAUGGACGAUUCAUUGAAACUGGAGAGAUGUACAGGAGCGACUCCUAACAACAAGCAUAUCUUCCACAUUGUUGGACAGCAGAUCGUUCAUAACAAAACUCAGAAGUGUUUGACAGGCGACGGAUCGAAGUUAGCUCUUCAGAAUUGUAGUACAGAUCGUAAGCAACGCUGGAUGAUAGAGGGAUAUCGUCCUUUCUAA